CAAGCAUGCAUGUUGUCACGCGCGGUAGUCAUAUCACAGACUGCAAACCCAUUUUCCUAGAAACCUUAAAUCAUUCAGAAUAACGCGGGCCUUCCCAUCCUCAAAUGAGUUUAUUCAGCGAGCGGACAUCCAGGUAACCAGAGACAACACAUUGGUCCAAGUUGUCACCCGAAGAGAGAGAAUAGCUGUAACCUACAAGAUUCUCAAGAUUCACAUGGAAUAUAACAUUAUUCCUUUUCAACCAAAUCUCUCUGGAUGUAUUCAACCGAGAGAAAGUCAGAGACAGGAAAAGAAAGCCCUAUACCUGAUGUUCCGGAGGAUGAAGGAGAAGUGGCACUGGCCCUAGAACAUUCACAAAAGCAAAUAAAGAAGGCAUCCCAUCCCACAGCUGAGGAUGGACAGCUGCUGACACAAGUAACGACAGGUGCGUCCGGAGGGGACAUGAAAGGAUCCAGCGUGUCAGGGGUACACAAUGGAGAUACUGUAAUACUGAACGUUCAAUCUGGCUGUACAAAGGAGAUUUUAGAAUGUAUUAUGAGGCGUCUGAAAGAUUUGGAAUCGAAGAGGUCUUCUGCGCAUCAGAGUCCUGCUCCUGUGGCUAGCAAGAAACAUGACUCGGAAUGCGGAGACGUCAAUACAGAUGAACGAAUCGCGGGGGUCUUAAUUGCUAAACACGAGGAUGGGUGUGAAAUGACUGAUGAUGAGCUCUACGUUCAUCUUCAUCAGUGUGACGUGAGCGACGUGAGUGAAGAGGACAUUCAGUCCUUAACAGACGAAGAGGUGUUUAAUCAUGUUGUAGAUGUCCUUGCAUGCUGCUAUAUCACGCCGUCAGAAGAAGGAUACCACUCUGACACAUUUGGAAUUAAGAUGAGGGUUAAAGCGAGGCAGAACACGAAGAAAGACCCACCCAGUGCUGAAACAGAAGAGACCAUUCCAGAUGUCAAGCUUAAAUAUAACAUCAAAGGCGGAAAUAGGUCCGGGAACCCGGUAGCGGACCUACUUGAUGGUGUCAACUCGGAGAAACUGAUGGAAGAUUGUACAACGGCAGAAGGUGGACAACAUCAGCAGAAUGAUGUCCGUUCGGGGAAAGUAGGGGAUGGUUGUUCCAGAGCAGAUAGUGGGCGGAAACAGCUGGAUACUGCGUAUGAAGAGACUUUGAUGGAAGAUCGUUCCAGGGUAGAUAGUGGACAGAAUGCUGUUUAUUCAGAGGGGUUGAGGGAAGGAUGUACAAACGGAGAUAAUCAUAUUAUGAAGACAGACCUGUUACUUCCCUCCCCUGUCGACCCACUGAUUGGCCUCCCUGGAAAUUGUGUAGAAUUUACGUUUAAUCUGAGAUGCAUGCUGUCAAGGCCAGUGCGUUUCAUCACCCGGCACAAUGUAGAAAAAACUGUUGAGAUAGGAAAGUUGCAUCCUCUGGAGAAUGUGCAAGAGGUGUUGACAUUUUUGGAAGCUAUGCUUAGUGAAUUAGGUCCUCAGUCAGGGAUUAGGCUUGAAUCAGGCUUUUAUGCAGGUCAUCCUGAAGUUAUCAAAAUUGAUAUGAGAGACAUUCAGAACCUAAUAGUGAGAGUGAAAACUAAACAGAAUGUAGAACUCAUUUUGCAGAUCAGUGCGAUGAAACCACCAACUGCCUGCCAAAGGAUCGAAACCUUUUUGUCGCGCAUGCUAUUAAAAGAUUGUUGAUAUGCAUGGGAGUCAUUUACUUGCAAAUAUUAUCUAUGUUUUGCCUGCCUGACUUUAUAUAUGAAAUGUUUUUGAGGAAGUGAAGGAUUAUAUGUUAAUUGCUAUAUUGAUGUUUAUCUAUACUGUCAUCUACCAAGCUGUAUAUUAAUGCUUUGUUGUUGUUGUUGAUGAUGCUGUUUAUGUUUUUGACUAUAUUCUUACUACACAUUUUUAUGUAACUAUCUUUGCUUUAGUUUAAUGACCAGACCGUACCGGGUCCAGAGUACUGUAUCUCAGUUCUUUAAUGGUAAAUACCCCGAGUCCUGACCUGAAUGGACAGAUGUUUUUUCCAAUGAAUCCAGGAAAUUCAUCAUACUGGAAUAGAGAAGGGUACAUUGCUUUGGUAUUUGCAUGAUUAGAAUGACCUUUAGUAUAGCUAAAUUAGUAUCAUGCUUCUUGUACAUAGCCAAUAAAAGGUGUAUACACCCCCAAA